UAUAUAUUUUUUUUUAGCUUUUUAGAUGGAAAUGGUUCCACAUUUUCUUUAAAGUAAUCAUAUAUUAUAAAUAUAUGCAUAUGUAUAUACAUAGUUUUUCAUUGUCUACUGAAAAUUUUGUUACUGCGUGGUAAACCAGCUUGAUGUCGGGUUCUCUUGGCGGAUUCCUCUAGAGGACUCUCUCUCUCUCUCUCUCUCCCUACUGCUGGUUUCCACAAUCAUCGCUAUUUUUUUAAAAAAAAAAAAUUAUUUUCCUCUCUAAGUUUCGAUUUUCUUUUCCCUUAACGUUUGUCGGAUAAGACUUGGGUCUGCGAAUUUCUAUUGUUUAUUUGUUUAAUCUGUUUAUCAUAAUAUAUAUUUGGUUCAAAAGGAGGUUUGGCACUGAAAAGCGUUUAAUUGGUAAUUGAAGGUUGGAGCUUCAAUCCAGUCAGGCUCAUCAAAAAUCCUCUGUUGAUGAUUCUGUGCUGCUAGUCCACCGUUUCAUUAUUUCAACAUGAAUAAUCCAUUCGGUGAACAUAAUGAUGAAGCUACUGUGGUUGGAUUUGAAGUCCCAAGAUCACCUGAUUCAAGUUACAACAAUGUGUACCCUGGAAAUGAAGAUGAGGCACGGGAUCCUCCUAGUGUUCCUUCGCAUCUGCAGCACACUUUGCUGAGCUGCCCUGCAAGCAGUGAUUUAUCUGCAACCCUUCCAUUGCCACAGAAUGUGAUCCUCAACCAUCUUUACAUUGAGAACAGGGAGACCCCCAGGUCAGUUGUGGCAUUGGGUUUAACUCAUCGCUUCCGCUCAAAAUUUGUUACAGUUGUUCUUUACAAACCAGUUCAAAGAAGGGGGAGUACUAGCACCUAGUAGUGCAUAUGUAACAUGCGCCCUGAUUAGGCUUUGGUUUCUUAGUCCUUGUUACAGUGAAAGUUAGCGGUGAUAGACCCGAAAUCCAAAAUCAGUGGUGAAGGAUAUUUUUAUUGUCACAGAAGCAGAUUUUUAGUUUUGGUGCCUUUUAUUGAAUUUCUUUGUCGACUUGUUAAAUACUUGAUGUCUAUAUAUUCUUUUAACAGGUAAA